AUGGUCUUCGAGGAGGCGGACAAUGCUGUCGACAAGGAUGGGAACUCACUCACAGGACUUCCCAAGGGCAUGGAGCAGGUUCUUCGGGAGCGAAACAUGCUCCCAGCGCUCGAGACAGCAGCAUCGAAACGGGAAGUUGGCUCGUGGACGCUGAAGCAAAAGCUCAACGAGAAAGCAAUGAGCCGACUGUCAAUGGAGAUCCAGACGCAGAGUCUUUCUUUGACGACGAACAGCGUCCAAGCGACUGCUGCAUGCGACGGGCUCUUGAGUGUCAACCCGACUUCAAGACUGAAAAGCCGCUGCUCCAGGUUCUGAUCGAGAAGCGAGCGCACAAGUGCCUUUUCCUUCCUCGUUUCCACUGUGAGUUGAAUCCGAUCGAGAUGUACUGGUGCGAGACAAAGCGUCGUCAGUGUUUCUUUCCCAGUUCUUGAGUGCUCUUAACGCUUGCUGUCAGGUUUUCGCGAGAAGGCCGAUGGGACGUUCCCAACCGCCCAGCGACUGGUUCACAAAUGUCUGGACGCUGUUCCCAUAGACAGCAUUCGGCGCUUCUUCCGCCACUGCUUCCGCUAUAUGGAUGCAUAUCGUCGUGACCUCAAUCCGCAGCAGGCAGCUUAUGCAGUCAAAAAGUACACCUCCCAUCGCCGAAUUCCAGCAAAUAUAAUGAUGGAUAUUAAUAUUUUGAACCGUUCUUAG